UGGAGAUGUGAUUCUAGGUGGACUUUUUGCAAUCAACUUCUUUUCUGCUGACCCUGACCUGACUUUUACCUCAAAGCCACAGCUGCCUAUCUGCUAUGGGUGAGUCUGUCAGUAUCUGUAGUUGUGAAAUGUGUAAUUUUGGAGUUAGUGCAAGUUUUUUGUAUACUAAACACACAAAUAUAUAUAUGUGUGUUAGUUUUAAUGAUAUAGGAUUCAGACAGGCUCAGUCCAUGGCCUUUGCCAUUGAUGAGAUCAACAGAAACGCCAACUUGUUGCCUAAUGUAGCUCUGGGAUACAGUCUGUAUGAUAACUGCCGCCAAAUAGGAUUUCAUGCAGCACUGUUCUUGGCCAGUGGACAAGACGAGCAAGUUACAUUAAAGGAGAACUGUGUAGGAACUCCUCCAGUCCUAGGGAUUGUGGGUGACUCUUCCUCGAGACGUUCUAUUGCCAUAUCUACAGUCUUAGGUUUGUACAGAGUGCCUCUGGUAAGUUUACCUCCCUCUCAAGUCAAUUAUUGUUGAAAUUAAAGGCCUUUUUUUAGAAUUCAAAUUCAAAUCAAGUUGGUAAAAAUAAAAAAAAUUCAAUCAGUUUAAUUUUGGGUAAUUGAUCUGAUAUUAUGUAGGUGAGUUAUUUUGCCACAUGUUCCUGCCUGAGUGACAGACAAAAGUUCCCAUCUUUCUUCAGGACGAUCCCAAGUGAUGCUUUUCAGGUAAAAGUAUAUCUCCAAAAAAAAGGUGUAUCACUAGUCAUGCUAUGUGUUUCAUUUACAAAGUUGUGUGAUGUCAGAUUUACAGAAAUCUAUUAACCUGUUUAACUGGAUUUCUAGUGAAAGAUGAUUCCAGCCUGUGCACUAAUCCCUCUGCUCUGUGUCCACAUAGGUGAAUGCUAUGAUUCAGAUUCUAAAACACUUUGAUUGGACUUGGGCAGGUCUUCUCAUCAGUGAUGAUGAUUAUGGAGUCCACGCUGCCCGAUCCUUUCACUCUGAUCUGGGUCCAGCUGGUGGAGGUUGUUUGGCUUACACAGAGAUUUUGCCCUGGGGUGACGACCCUGCUGAACUAAGGAGAAUAGUGAAUGUGAUGAGGAAAUCUACAGCUCGAGUGGUGAUUGUAUUUGCAUAUGAGAGUCACAUGAUUAAACUCAUGAAUGAGGUGGAGAGGCAGAAUGUGACGGACCUGCAGUGGAUUGCCAGUGAAGCCUGGUCAGCAGCUGAUGUGCUCCAGACUCCUCACCUCAUGCCGUACCUUGGUGGAACACUGGGCAUCGCCAUCCGUCGAGGAGAAAUACCAGGUCUCAGAGACUUCCUGUUACAAAUACGUCCUGACCUACAUCACAACAACACAUAUGGAAACAGCAUGGUGAGUUUCCCUCUGAAUUGGUAUUUGUGAGAAUAACUACUGGUAUUAAUUAAAAAUAAAUUAUCUUCCAGGUGAAU